UUCUUGUACGCUGCCCGCAGAGCAGACGAACUUAUUUCGUCGAAAAAGAUUGCAGCGAUGUCUUUGACAAGGUCGCUGUGUCGCUGUGUGUGCAAGGGUUUCUCCAGAAGGAGUGUAAGUGCCAGAUCUAGCUUCCAUACUACCUCAUCUCAGAAAGGUAUCUUUGAGCCAGAUGAUGUGGGUCUUGGUCCUGAAAUACCAGAAUAUGGGACAUUAAAUGUACAGAUGAAGGGGUAUGAUUUCCCUACGCUGGAAUCAUAUGCAAAAUUUGUCCACAACUUGGCAGAGCGAUUGGGCCUUGAUGCUGAAUGCUGGGCAGUUCCCCCCAAAACAUCUCUAGUCCAAGUGUUCAAGCCAUUCUCCACACAUGUGGAGAAGGAGUACGACCUCAGCCUGUAUGAAAGAUGUGUGCAGAUCCAGGAUCUUUCUUCUACUUCCUUACCAGUGUUUUUAGAAAUAGCCAGAGCUAACAUGCCAGAGGGCAUCAAACUAACUAUAAAAGAGCCUUGUGAAGAAGAAGAGGAAUUUCGGUAUAUCCCAGACAAAGAACUGAUACAGCUCCAUGAGCAGCUAGACGCUCUUGCUCAGGCCAGAGAGGACAGGAAGAAGAAAUAAAAAACUGGCAAGGCUGGAAAAUGUGAAUCAUGGAGAACUUGUUAGGUGUGAUUGUGUUGUGACUCUUACUAAACCGUGUGUUAAAAGUUUGGUACUGACGGUGACCAUAGAAAAUAUCAAAGUAGACCUGAAUGGCAGUAGACAGGGAGAUUGUCUUGUCAGUCCAGUAGUAAAAUCAAAUUAAACCCAUCGACACAGGACAUCUUGAACUGCUGGCAGUGUACAUGUAUCUUACUACAGUACUGAAUAUCAGUGUCACUGAUAUAAACUUUUCUCCAGAUAUCAGUCUUUUGUCUUGUCUCAUAUUUCUACAGUGCUGAUAAAGCGGCAUUCACAUGGUACUGUUGUACCAGUUUUCACUAUUCCACAGUUAAAAUGUAUGAAUUGAAUCAGUGUUAUUUGAAAUGUACAAAUCCUGUGAUGUUGAUGAUGUCCCAGUUUGAUUCAAGAAAAUUGAUAUGACAAAUCAUGUUGUGUGAAUGUAGCCUUGGCGUGAUAAAUUUGACUUGUAGAUGUUGUAACUCAUGGAGAUAACUUCAUAGUUACUUCUGCAAGAUUACACAAUACACAUGUAGGCAGGGCUGUAAAGUGUAAUCCAAGCCAAUCAUCAUCUGGCAUAUUUCUCUCCUACAUGUACAACCAUUUGUAGGCGCCUGGCUCAAACACCUGCUGAUGAAAUACACGCCUGUGGUAAACGGUAUGACACGGUAAGGAAAGCAGGACAUAGGCUCUGUGCCACAUUUGAUUGUCAUAGAGAGAACUGGAGACUGAAGGUUCCUCCGUUCCCUGUUAGAGGAAAGAGUGUAAAACACUGGUUUGAAAGAGAUUUAAUGUAAUUUUUAACACGUCUAUUUAGGCCACGCAAAUGCAUCUCACUGUAGGAGGUUGGUUACUUGAUCAACAUAUGUAUAACGCUACUGCACUGUUGUGAGUCUCAUACCCACAACACCAGAAAUGAGAGACCACCAUGUCAUAUAAUAACACUAGAUCAGCCAUUACUUGUCCUAUCCUCUAAUACUGGCACAUUUGAAGUACCUGCACAUUGUACCAAGAAUGCCAGUUUCACAAGUCUUAGGCUUGACUCAACAUGAACUUGGGUCUAUCAUUUGCAAGGCUGAGGUGAAAAUUUUUGGCAACCACUCAAUCCCUUCGGCUACUGCAGUGUGGUUAUAAGCCAUUCUUGGGAGUCUGGGAACAGUUCAUAUAAAGCAACCAGUAUUACAAGUCAACUUUGUUUUUAUUUUAUACACUUUCCAACUGCCGUAAAAGGUUUUUAUAUUACUGUACUGUACCGGAAUCACUGGCUAGCUUAGUUGUUUUAAAAGGGAUACAGAAUCAGUUCUGGUUGGCUGGAGUGGGAGAUAAGCUGAAUUUUAUUUACUUAUUCAUUUGAUUGGUGUUUUACGCCAUACUCAAGAAUAUUUCGGCAGCCAGCAUUAUGGUGGGAGGAAACCAGGACUGAAUUUUAGGUACAACAGAUUUAUUCAAGACUGUAGAGGUAACACUAUCUCCAUUGUCAGCUAAUCAGCGUCAAUUCUGUAUCCCUUCAAGUGUCGGCUGGGCUUCUAACACCAGGCACAAGGAUCAUGAAGCAAUCUUAAACACACAAAUCAAAAUUUUAAAUUAUUUCUUACAUAACUAGGUCAAAGUAUUGGGUGAAAAUUUAAAAUUUCUGGGUAAGUUACUCGAAAACAAAUGUCAACUGAAAUAAUGGAAAGAAACAUACUAAAUUUAAUGACUGAAAUUUUUACCUAUGUCUGGGAUCACUUUGUGAUCCCAGGGCCAGGACCUUAACCAAGGCAGCAGUCUUUGUUAUAUCAUAUCUGGUGAAGGGCAGUAAUUUGACCCUUUGGGUCUGGUUACUUCCAACCAUAAAUCUAGCCAUUGUUGUCAGUUAAAAUAAAUUGGGAGCACAAUACUUAAAUAAAGUAAGUAAGCCUAGCGAUGUCUGCUGUUUUUAUGUACAAAAAAUUCUUUCUGCCACAGGUUAAAUUCAGCGCUAAAUGGUGCCUCAUGUUGUGAGGUAUGAGCACUAAUCUGAGCCACUAAAUCAAUGACAAAUCAUAGAUGACAAGAAAGAGGACUAUAAUAAUAUUAUCAUAGUUUAAUAAAAGAACCACUGUAACCCACUGUAAAUAUCGCUUUCGUGUAAUAAAAUAUUAAAUAAAUAUGCAAUUUCAUUGGUCGUACAGUUUCAUUCAGUACCAUAAUGUUGAAUAUAAUUAUGAUACAGAUUGCUUGUAUGCAUAAAAUACAUAAUUAUACAUUGAUUUUAUCAUCCAUUUCCUAAUAAUAAAUAGUAAAAAAAUGCUGGAAUACAAAGACUAGGUCACUAAAUUCAGACUUUGACCAACACACUUGUCUCAUCCCUUCAAUGAAGUUUCUUC